AUGUUGAAUAUGGGAGGUCCUUCGACUGUUGAGGAAACACACGACUUUUUGAAAAACCUCUUCCUCGACGGCGACCUCAUUCCGUUACCGUUCCAACGCUUCCUUGCCCCGGCUAUCGCUCGCCGAAGAACUCCUAAAAUUGAACAGCAAUAUGCCGACAUUGGAGGAGGCUCUCCAAUUCUUCGCUAUACCCAACUCCAAGGCGAAGGAAUGGCCAAACUUCUCGACGAGCUACAUCCGGAAACCGCCCCUCACAAAGCAUAUGUUGCAUUCCGAUAUGCACAACCCCUUACAGAGCUCACAGCUCGACAGCUGAAGGACGACGGCGUUACACGGGCGAUUGCCUUCACCCAGUACCCUCAAUACAGUUGUAGUACCACGGGCAGCAGCCUUAACGAGCUAUACCGACGCGGGAAGGCCGGUGAAAUGGGUGACAUCAAAUGGAGCGUAAUAGACCGAUGGGGAACACACCCUGGAUUCAUCGAGGCUGUCGCCCAAAACAUUGAAGGAGCAUUAGCCAAGUUCCCACCUGAAGUCCGGUCAGAUGUUGUAUUGCUAUUCUCAGCGCACUCCCUACCGAUGUCUAUCGUGAACCGCGGAGAUCCAUACGUGUUGGAGGUAUCUGCCUCCGUGGCCGCAGUGAUGCAACGGCUCGGGCAUUCCAAUCCGUAUCGCCUGGUUUGGCAGUCGCAAGUCGGUCCCUCGGCCUGGAUGGGUCCUCAAACGGACGAUGCUCUCAAGGGUCUUGCGCGCUUGGGAAGGAAGCGCGCGAUCCUGGUCCCAAUUGCUUUCACGAGCGAUCACAUCGAAACCCUAUACGAACUAGACUUGGAAUAUGCUAAAGAAGCCCAAGAGAUGGGCAUGGAAGUACACCGAGCCGAGUCCUUGAACGAUUCACCGGUGUUCAUUCGUGCACUGGCAGAUAUUGUGACAGAGCAUCUACGCGACGUAGAAUCCGGAAAGCCUCCGACAUCACUGCAGAUGGGACUGCGGUGUCCAGGCUGCACGAACUCGACCUGUGGCCAACAAAAAGCGUGGUUUGCUCGGGGAGGUUAAGGAGCAUAUGCGAGCUGUUUAGCUAUGUGUUAGGACUAGUAUGAAUCAUGGAAUUUUGGGUGGAA